AUGAGCGCAGUUAUGGCCGAAAGAUAUGUCUACGGCCCUGGGAUCCGCGGCGGCAGCUGGAGGGCUGCAAUCCGGAUAAAGAGCGAGGACGCAGAGUCACUGGGACGUACCGCGAAGCGACCUACACGCAGCGGCGGGGCUCAUACCCCGCCUGCGCCACGAGAAACAACAGCGAGAAUCAAGUCCCACCUCCAGAUCGAAUCAAGUCCCACCUCUAGACCCACCUCUAGACCCACCUUUAGACCCACCUUUAGACCCACCUCCAGACCCACCACUAGACCCACCACUAGACCCACCACUAGACCCACCUCCAGAGCAACCUCCAGACCCACACUAGACCCACCACUAGACCCACCUCCAGACCCACACUAG